CAUCGCACUUCCUCUUGUACCUCUCUUUGCAACGGCUCUGCAACACCCUCGUACGCCAUGACUUCCUCGCAGCCAUUCGACAUCACCGUUGGGGGCAAAUAUGCUCCCACCAUCCGCAGGAUCGUGACUGGUCAUCGCGAAGACGGUAAAGCCGUCGUCGCAAGUGAAGAUGAGAUCAAGCGGCUGGACCUGACGGAAGAACAUGCUACCUUCGCGGUGAUGUGGUCUACUGAAGAGUCCCCGUCUGACAACAUGGACACCCGGGAUGGCGCUUUGAGGCCCGUCUUCUCCGGUAGCUCCCACAACCAAAACGGAGGCUCGGUUCUACGGAUCGUUGACUUCCCACCUGGAAUCCAGUCUCCCAUGCAUCGAACACAAAGCGUCGACUACGGCAUUGUGCUGUGGGGAGAGAUCGAGGUGGAGCUCGACUCUGGGGAGAAGCGCACAUUGAAGCAGAGCGAGGUAUGCGUUCAAAAGGGUACCAACCAUCUCUGGAGGAACAACACAAAGGAGUGGACCAGGGUGGCAUACGUGUUGCUGGACGCAAAGCCGAUUGUGAUCGAUGGCAAGCGCUUGCAGGACGAAGGAUACCCUGAUAGCGCUCAACAGUGAUUUCCGUUGCUCUUCUGAACAAUCUAUUAGCCUGAUACUGCAAUGAAUGCUUCCUCCACCUUG